CUGCACCACACACAUACCCAUACGACCAUAUCCACGAAAAGUCAUCUGCGCACGCGCAUCACCGAGCGCGCCUUCCCUUUCCUCUCCUCCUAGUAGCUUCUCUCCCCGGUUCUUCCCUCUCUCCGUCCCGUGGUCGGCCAUGCCGGGCGCCAGCUCGCCGAGCGGCCGCGCCGGCGCCGGCAGGAGGUGGUGCGCGCACGGGGACCUCCUGACCGUGGCCGUCGCCGCGAUGCUCUGCUCGGCGACCUACUGCUUCUCCAUAUGGCACAACGGGCGCAACGCGGCGGACAAGAUCGUCAUCGGGCCGGCUCCCUUCGUCGUCGCGGGCGCCGCGUUGUGCGGGGGCGACGCCGCGGAGCUCGACUUCGAGGCGCACCACACCGCCGAGCGAGCCGGGCUCUCCGUGUCGUCUUCAUCGCCGACGGUCACCGGGCGACGGGCAUUGCGCGCGGCCGCGGUGCCCAUGGACGGUAUCGGGCGACGCGGCGUGGUGUUGGCGGGGAACUCGGCUGACGGCAAGGAGUGGGCACGGGUCAACGGCGACAAGCUCCGGUCAAUACACGCCGGCGCCGUGCGCGCGUAGGCCGUCACCGUCUCCCGUCUCGUCCCGGCGAUAGCGACGACGGAGCCACGCUAUCCUGCCGGUCUUGGCCGGGGUUCCCAAGACGAAGACGUGGUCGUGCGUUGCAUUUGGAAGCUAUACUAGUAAAUAAUUUACUCAAGCUGCAGUCCUUUUUGGAUCUAUGUUUGUGAAGAUAAAAUAAUCCGGGGAUGUUUUCGCGUAAUAUCGUUGAAGUGGUAGCCUGGUAGGGACUGGUUGGCAUUUAGGUGGGCUAGCCGAGAGUGUUUCGGAUGUUUUGUUCGUCUGAUCCGUAUAUUCGGACGGCAGCUUUGCACUUUAGUGGGCGGCCAGAUCAAGAAAGGCGACGCAGCGGGCAACUACAGCCAGUGACGCCUUCAACCAAAAGAGUUGACCUCGCAUUUGCUCUCCAUCGUCAUCAGUGGAGAAAAACCACCACAUGACCACAACUUGGAGUAGUCUGCACAAAAAGAAAAGAAAAUGUCGUUUCUCGUGUGA